AUGAUGCUUCGGAGAAACUUCCCCAAAGCCCUCUGCCUUGGGCUGGCUCUGAUCAUUGCCGUCAAUAUCCUCCUGGCAUUUUAUACCAAGGGAUCCUUACAAAGCUGGAUUCUGGGUGGGCUCCAGAAGGAUCUUCCCGGGCCGUUGGCUGUGUGGGACGAGGCGGUGAUAAAGAGACUCUCUCACUUGGAGCUGGAUUUACAGCAACUGAAAGAAGCUAUGAAGUUGAAGCAACAUGAAGAGGUUGACAACAGACUGAAGCAGCCGGUGGAAGCGGUGCAGGCUGAGACAAAGCGCAAAUCUUUCGAGAAGCUCUUCCCAGACUCAGCGCUCUUCAAACAGUGGGGCGAGGGUCUCUCUGAGGCUGAGCAGAGAAGGGCCCAGAAGCUCUUCGAUAAGUUUGGCUACAACGUUUACCUCAGCAACCAGUUGCCCCUCAAUCGCACCAUCCUGGACACACGAGAUUCCAGGUGUCUUCAAAAGAUGUAUUCUUCUGAACUCCCGUCGCUCAGUGUCAUUCUCAUAUUCAUGGAUGAGGCGCUGUCCAUUAUACAACGGGCCAUCACCAGCAUCAUCAACCGGACCCCUGCUAGAGUUUUGAAAGAAAUCAUCUUGGUGGAUGAUUUCAGCUCAAAUGGAGAACUAAAGACCUCCUUGGAUGAGAAGAUUAAGUUUUACAGUCAGAAGUACCCAGGACUGCUGAAAAUAAUACGACACACUAAGAGACAAGGUCUUGCUCAAUCUCGCAACACCGGCUGGGCAGCUGCCACGGCUGAUGUGGUUGUCAUCCUGGAUGCUCAUAUUGAAGUGAACCUUGGGUGGGCAGAGCCCAUCUUGGCUCGAAUUCAGGAAGACCGAACGGUGAUUGUGUCUCCAGUGUUCGACAACAUUCGCUUUGACACCUUCCAUGUGCAAAAGUAUUCAUUGGCGACGGACGGGUUCAACUGGGAGCUGUGGUGUCGGUAUGAUAGCCUGCCACAGUCUUGGAUUGACCUGCAUGAUCCUACUGCUCCAGUCAAAAGUCCUUCCAUCAUGGGCAUCCUGGCUGCUGACAGACUCUUCAUGGGUGAGAUCGGGGCCCUGGAUGGUGGAAUGCUGGUCUACGGAGGAGAGAAUGUGGAAUUUAGCCUGAGGGUGUGGCAGUGUGGAGGGAGGAUUGAGGUCCUACCCUGUUCCCGGAUCGCUCACCUGGAGAGGCACCACAAGCCCUAUGCUUUGGAUCUCGGUUCGGCUUUGAGGCGCAAUGCUCUUCGCGUGGCGGAGACCUGGAUGGAUGAGCACAAAUACAUGGUCUACUUGGCCUGGAACUUGCCCCUCGAGAACUCGGGGAUCGAUUAUGGAGACAUUUCUUCCAGAAAGGCGCUCCGGGAGAAACUGAAAUGCCAGACUUUUGACUGGUACCUGAAAAACGUUUAUCCCGUCCUGAAGCCAAUGCAUAACAUUGUGGGCUACGGCAGAAUGAAGAACACAUUGGAUGAGAGUAUCUGCCUUGACCAGGGACCCAUUCCAGGCAACACCCCGAUCAUGCAUCCCUGCCAUGCCUUCAGCCCACAGAAUGUCUACUACCACGUAACGGGGGAAUUCUACGUGGGACCACUGAUUGCAGAGUCAACAACCAAGGAUCGCUGCCUGACCGACCCUGGCAAAGGGGAGAAGCCCACUUUAGAGCCAUGCACCCAGGAAGCCCACAAUGAACUGCAUAUAUACUGGGAUUUUCAAAUGGGAAAGGCUGUCAAAAACAGGGCCACCAAACGGUGUCUGGAGAUCAAGAGGAACCCUUCAGGUACCUAUGAGCCUGUACUCCAGACCUGCACCACUCAAGUGUGGAAAAUUCAGCACACCAUCAGGAACUGGGGGUAA